UCGCUUUGACCAUGUGACUGACGAUCAUGUGAGAAUCAGCUGUGGUUUGUUUAGAUCAUGGAGGCUCAUGGUUUUACAUCAGAACAAACGCUUUAGCUUCGUCCCUGAGGAUUUCUCUUGAACCUCGCGGAGUGCUCCGGCUGGCGAUGCUGAGGGCGCGGAGCAGCGGUGAGUGUGGCGCGCUGGAGGUGGACCUGCUGGCGGAGCGCGAUGUCUGCGGAGCGCUGGAGGACGCGGCGGCGGCGGUGAAGCUCAGUAAAGGCCCGUCGGUGCUGUGCUGUGUGAAUGCAGCCGGUGCAGCGAGAGUGAGGAGCAUCUCUGACAGCAGAGCAACGCUGCACACACUCCAGCACACCUGCACCGAUGUUCUGUGGGAGGAUCAGUGGGAGAGCAGCGGUCGGGACGUGAAGCUGAAGCUGCUGCUGCUGGACUCUCGGUGUGCGCUGAGGCUGUAUGAGCUGGAUCCUCAGGAUCAGCCGCUUCUGCUGUGUGAGAGAUCGUCUGAUUCGCUGCUGCAGUGCGUUCGACACAAACACCCCGACGUGGCGGAGCUGCUGUCGCUGAGGCUGCUGUGGUUCGCUGACGGCCGCUGUGUGCUGCUGCUGAACACACGUCUGCUGCUGCAGCUCCGCUGGACGGAGGACACGGCGCAGCUGGAGACACUGUCCUGCGUCCGGCUCGCUGCACCCCUCCAGACCGAGGACGCCUGCGCCGACUGCCGGCUCUGUCGGGGAACGCUCUUCAUUCUGCUCAGGACUGGACUCGCAUAUGUGUUUGACAGCACUGAUGGGAAACUCUUGGCCUCGGUGGAUUUUCCCUCAUACUGCAGUCUAGCAGACGUUUCUCCGCCCGUCACGUCCUUCUGUCUCUUCCAGAUCUCACAGGAUCUCAGUACAGCUGUGAGCGUCACCCGGCAAAACCAAGCCCUCGCCGUCGACCUCAACCACUACUUCAGGAAGUAUCCAGAUCACCUUCAUUGUUGUUCAGCCCCUAAUCGGCCGUUUCUCAGGCCCACUGAAUCAUGGGAUCAGGACAGUCUCGCGAGCUCCGUCCACAGCCUGUCGGUCCUGGAUAAGCCUUUCCAAACAGACAGGUCGUGGGAGGCGCGUCUGUCUUCGCUGUAUAGUCGAUCUAAAGCUCUGGACCGCCCAGCUCAUGGGUUACCCUGGUACAGAGAUUUCCCUCAUGUGGAGUGCCGUCGGGCGUCUGCCACCGCCACACUCUCGCAGCCCUCCGUGAAGCCAGGGGGCGCUGUGACGUGCUUUGAUGUGCCGGACGGAGCAACCGCAACAGGGCUGAACGUCUCUGAGUUCUCUGCGCUCGUUACCUUCGUUUGUCCUGGAAACACAAACACGGUUCUGGCUUACUGGGACCUGGAGGGUCAAAGCGUGAUGUAUCAUCGCACAGACGCUCCCGCCAUCCCCGUCCAGAGAUCAGCUGAGGAGCACCUGUGCCUGUUACUGAAGCCGUCGGGUCUGUCCGUGGUUUUGUUCUGCGUGACGCAGGACGAGCUGUUGAACCGGCUGAUGGUUUUUGGCACGGCCGGUACAGUCGACUCGCUCUGCCAUCUGAACGCCUGGGGACGCUGUUCAAUACCCAUACAUGCCCUACAGGCUGGCCUGAAGAACCACCAGCUGGAUACGGUUGAUUUCUUUCUGAAGAGUAAGGAGAACAUCCUGAGCCCCGCGUCUGGGUUUGUUCUGUCCGAUCAGACGCCAGCCGUCUCGACCCAAAGCCAUCUGAGGAAUGUGCAGGCUCUGUGUCCGGCUCUGGAUCUGCUGCGUUCUGCAAUACACGACACACACACCGAAGCUCAGAGUCAGCAGUUCUGUGAUCAGCUGCUGAGCAUCACGCUAACCUUCCUCAACAUGCAAACCAAAGUCCUCCUCACCAGCACACACGAGCUGGACGUGAACCUGCAGGAGUGUGUGCAGAUUUUAGACGGCUACAUCUCUGACCUACGCCGAUACAUGAAGAAGUUCCCCUGGCCUGAUGGAGGCGAUGCUCGGGCCUCCGUGAGUCCGAACGCUCCUGCGUCCAUCGCUGACACAGACCAGGAGUGGCAGUCGCUGUCUGAUGAGGAAGUUGUUCAGCACGCUAUAUUGAGCAGACGGAUCCCACAUGUGCAGGCUGUCCUGCGCAGACGCGGCUGUGUUGAAUGCAGUCUGGAGGACAUCAGGAAGACGGGACUGAGACACACCUUCACCUGUCUCACUCACAGAGACCUGCAGCAGGCCAAAACACUGCUGACUAACAUGGGCUUCAAUGUGAAGGACCAGCUCCACAGCAUCUGCGUUUUCACUGCCGAUCGGAAUCUGAGGGCCUUCAUGGUGGAGGAGCUGCAGAAGCAGAAUUACCUCUCGUGUGAAGAGCUACAGCAGGUGGAGUUUAUUCAGACCAUUGAGAACUUGUGCUCCACACCUGCGACGAGAUGCUCCACCCGUCUGGACACCAGCAGGGUUCUUCAGAUGAGCCGGUCUGAUCCCGAGAGCAGGCGGCUGCUGCAGGAGAUCACGCAGGAACCGGACUCGUCCUCCUGCAGGUCUCUGCUGGAUCCUGUGCGUCUGGACUGGGUCAGAUACUGGGACAGAGACACGCAGAGCUCCAUCCUUCUGUCCCGACUGCAGCCGGCUGCUCAGGGUUCGUGGGACGCUGCUGUUCUGUGGUCGUAUCUCACCUCUCUUCACGAUGCUGUCCGAGCCUCUGCGUGGGUUUGCAGCUCGACCGCAGCCGACGCCCCCCGCUGGCCUGCGCUCGCGCCGCACGUCAUCAACCACAGCAGCCACUGCGGACGCUACCUGCGCCAUCAGAUCCUGGACCUGCUCGCCAGACAGGGCCUGUUUGUGCAGUCGGAGAUGGAGGACUUCGAGCAGUUGCUAUGGCGACUGGGUCAAGCCGGAGGAGUGAUGCAUCAUGGGAAGGAUCCUCCCGUGCCGCAGGGGCAGGAGUUUCACCAGCGCUUCAUCCUGCACUGUCUGGAGAACAGCCUGCAGUACCUGCUCUACUGCUACCUGGAGCACUACAGGUUAACUCCCGGGAAUUGCCCAGUUCUGACCGACAGGAACCUGUUUGAGAGUUUCCCCUGGUUUGAGAUGAUGCUGAAAUUACAGAAAAUCACCAGAGACCUUAAAGAGCCGGAGCGGGUGUUUGGGGCCAGUCUGACGGCGGCACAGGUUCUUCUGCCCGGGAGUCAGGCCAGCAUCAGCAGCAUGUUACUGGAGGGUCACAGUCUGCUCGCCCUGUCCACCAUCAUGUUCAGACCAGGCGGCAUCGACCAGGCCGUGCGCGAGGGCGAGCGCGGUCAGGACCCGCUGAGCAGAGUCGACCCGCAGCUGCUGCGAAUGGCUCUGAGCGCGUAUCCCAAACUCAGAACGGCCCUGUUCCCUCAGAGCGGCCCGCGCUGCGAUGUUUCCCUCUACCACCUCAUGCAGUCUUUGCAUCCGCUGGAUCCCUGCAAACUGUUCGGAUGGCAGUCGGCCAACGCCACGGGCGGCAGCGAAGCGUCCAGCGAGCCGCCGCACUUCUCCAGCUCUCAGCUCGUCAGGAAGUUCGCCGUCGUUGAGAAUCUGGACUUCCUGUAUUACCUGAGUCACGGCCGGCCGGCGUUCGCAUUCGGGGGUUUUCUCACGCAGCAUCUCCUCAGCUGCAGUAACGUGAAGCUUCAGGUGUCUCUGGCUGCGGAUCAGGCGUACUCGUUAGGCCUGCUGAACUUCAGCAGCGCGUGUGUGUCCGCGGCGUGUGUGUGUUUCUGUGAGCUGCUGGGUGUGUGUAGCCUCAAGCUGAGGGUGGAUCUCCACGUGCUGAACCUCAUCCUCAGACUCUGGACUCAGACCUGCGAGGACCACCGAGACGCAGCUUCACUGCGGCAGGCCCUCGUGGAAAAGGCCGGGAAGCUGGUCAGCGGUGACAAACAAAGCGCUCAGGAGCUGCUGGUUCACCUGGAGACGGCAGUCAGAGAUGCUCUGGAGAAGAAAGGCGUCAGUCGAUCGUCGUACGAGGCGGCGCAGGAGUGGGCACUUCCUGUCCAGUUCUGCCACUUGCACGCUCUUCCUCUAAGCCCCGCCUUCCCACAGGACUGCGCUCGUGACGGACAGUGGCUCAACUUCCUGUUGUUUGUACAGCUGCACAAGUACCCGCUGCAACAGGUCAGAUCUCUGGCAGCUAGUUUCAGUCCGGCUCUGCAGUCGCACAUGUCUCUGGCUUUCCAAGAUCUUGAUCCGACCAGCUCCCAACAGGCUCUGGAGGAUCUUCCCCGAGACGAGAGCCCCGAACCCCCCAGAGAGCUGUUCCAGGUGCUGCUGGAGAGCCAGGAGAAGCCCAGUCCCUGGAGGUUCCUGCUGUCCGAAGCGGUCCGCCAGCGCAGUCCUGCUCUGUCCGUGCUGGCGGCCUGCCAUCAGGCCGAGCUGCUGCAGUGUCUCUGCGUGUGGAUCCUGGCGUCUGUCGCUGAUGAUGUCACUCAGGAAGCCACCGCCCACAUCCACGAGAGCCCCGCCCAUCACGUGUGGAACCUCCACGAUCUCUCCGUCUUGUGGAGGACGCUGCUGUGCAGGAGCAAGAUCAGGCCUCUGAUUCGUGGAUUCCAGCUGUUUCAGAGGGAGUCUCCGCUGAUCUACAUGCUGCACAUGUAUGAAUUCUGCUCGGACUACAAAGACUAUCAGCGAGCCAAAGACAAACUGCUGGACUUCCAGAAGUGUUUGCUCAAUUUGCGGAGCAGCAGUGUGGUGUUGACUUCAGACGUGCUGCCGGUCCAGUGGGUCGAGUCUCAGGCUUCGGUUCUUCUGCUGACGCUCCUCAAACAGAGCAGGACUCAGUACGAGCUGCGCCGGCUGCUUCAGCUGCUCGUGGACAUGGAGCGACUGCUCAAAUCCAACGGUCCUGACUUCAGGAAGCUGAGUCAGCUGAGUCAGGUGCUGUCGGACACUCCUGUGCCGCUGUCUGCGUGUCUGCUGGACGAUUACUCCAGCGCCGGCCUGCAGGACGAGUGCAGGACCAUCAUGCAGCAGCUGCAGGAGCUCGGCCUCUUCACGCAGGCCAGGACCGUCGCACAGCUGGCCGAGCUGCCCAUCGACUGCCUGAUCAUAAAUGAGCUCCUGCGAGAUCUGAGCGCUCAUAAGCAGAAGCGUCAGUGGGAGAGGCAGGAGACGCGGCUGGCCUUCUGGAGGAGAUGCCACGAGCAGCUCAAGACGGAUCACAUCCAGCCCGAGGCCGCCUGUCAGUUCUUCCUCUCUCAGGCUGAGGAGCCGCUGGAGUGUGAUUCGGAGCUGGUUCAUCUGCAGGAGCGCUGUCUGCUGCUGGGUCUGGCGGGUCACUGGCUGUCCCGGCGUGAUCCUCCGCUGCCCGCCUCGCGUCUCGCCGCUCUGGAGGAGCGUCAGUGGCAGAGUCGCAUCCGCUGGCUGGUGCUUCACACGGCUCUGGAGCGCCAGAGUCUGUUCGCGCCCUCAGCCCUCUCCCAAGACUCCUUCCAAAACCUCCUCAAGGAGUUCUCCUUCUCCAGGAUGGCGGCUCUGGACGACCCGGCGCAUCUGAGUGUGGCCGGGCUGCCGGCGGCCGAAGACGACUGCGCGCUGUCUGGAGACGAGCGCAAGGCUCUGGCCGCUCUGGUGGCGCAGCUGCUGGACGAGGGCGGCGUGAACGAGGCAAGCCGAGUGUGCCGGUAUUUCGGUUUGUUUCACAGAGACGUGUGGCUGGUUCUGAAGUGUCGCGGUCUGGCGAGCGGCGAGCUGCAGCCUGAACUUCACAGCCCUGAUGCAGAAACCAGACGCAGUUUGCCAUCAUCUCCCAGCAUGAGCAGCCUGUCGUCGUUCGUGGUGGUGUCGUCGCCGGACGAUCAGGUUCUGGUUCAGCUCAAACAGCUGGUGGAUCAGUGCUGCAACGGCAAGAGUUACUGCAAACAAGUGCUGAGCCUCUACGAGCUCUCGAAGGAGCUGCAGUGCUCGUUCACCGAGAUCUCGUCGGAGGAGCCCGAGGCCGUUCUGAGGAAGGUUCUGCUCUCGCAGCAGGCCGACCGCUAUAAGCGCGCUCAGGCCUUCAUCAGCGUUCAGAGCCUGCAGCCCGACGCCGUCGCGCGGCUCAUCUCCACCGCUGUGCUGGAGGGUUUGCUUGCCUCGCCUCAGGAGGGAGAAACCGGAGAGUGGCUGAUGUACGGCCCAGCCGACGGGGGAGAGACGUUCCUCCAGCUGGCCAAACUGUGUGGAGACCCAAACCUGGUCGGCACCAAACUGAUGGACAGCAUCCCGACCGUCCCGCUGUCAGAGCUCAGCUGCACUGUGGAGAUCUUGAUUUUGGCUCAUGACUGCUUCAGUCUCACCUGUAACAUGGAGGGAAUCGUGAGGGUCCUGCAGGCAGCCAGACACCUGAGUCACACACACCUGGCUCACGGCGACGGCUACGGACUCCUGGUGCGCCUCCUCACAGGUAUCGGCAGGUACAAUGAAAUGACGUACAUCUUUGACCUGCUCCAUCAGAACCAUCGCUUCGAGAUGCUGCUGAGGAAGAAGGUCGAGUCGAACGUCAGGCUGAAGACGGCUCUGUUGGACUACAUCAAGCGUUGUCUGCCGGGCGACAGCGAGAAGCACAACAUGGUGGCUCUGUGUUUCAGCAUGCGCCGAGAGAUCGGAGAAAACCACGAGGCAGCGGCGCGAACGCAGCUCAAAAUCAUCGAAUCGCAGCCCUGGGCGAUCACUGCAGAUCUGAAGAACGCUCUUGUGAAGGUCCUGACUUUACUGAAAGAUGCAGCUGAGAGCUACUCCAAGGACUCUUGUGUGCGUCAGGCUGUGAAGUGUGUCAGACUGGCCAAGCUGGUGACUCUUCAGCUGCACCUGGUGAAUCAGGGACAGGAGCAGCGCGUCAUCAACCUGCCGCCGGCAGACCUCCAGAGCACCAUCGUGUCUUUACCGCGCUGUUACCAGGUGUUUGUGUUGGCCGAAGCGUACGACCACAGUCCGGACUGGGCCGAGCUCCUCUAUCAGAAGGUGAUUCUCAGAGGAGACUUCAGCUAUCUGGAGGAGUUCAAGCGGCACCGAGCGCUGAGCGCCGGCCUGUUCGAAGACAUCUCCAAGAAAAUGUCUCAUCACAAAGCGCCGGCGAGCUCCAGUCAGAAUCUGAAGAAGCUUCUGUCUCACUGCGAGGAUGUUUACACACAUUAUAAACUGGCCUACGAGCACAAGUUCCUGGACGUGGCCAACAUGCUGCUGCAGGACUCCAAGACCAACAGCUUCCUGAACGACCGGCUGGGCACCUGACGCCCAAAAACACCCCCAGUACAGCUAAACCUGAGCUAACCCUCGCCACCGCAGCGCUUUACACUGGAUUCUGCUCUAACUGUGCAGCCUUUCAUCCUGACUUUUGAAUAUGGACUAAAACUAACUUCACUUUGAAAUUAAAAUAAAUUAUCUUUCUCUUCUGA